AUGGACACACAGACGGACGGACGAACGGAGGAAGGAGCGAGCGACCGAGCGGGCGACCGAGCUGGUGACACAGUCUGGGGCCAAGGAGAGUGCAAUCAGCUCACCUCAAAGCUGAUGAUGUACUCUCUACUUUCGUCUGUCUCCAAUGGCAACGACCUGCCGGUGCAUAUAAUGGCGAGCGAAGAAGGAGUCAACUUUCUAAAUUGUGCCUCUUCCAGCCUGACCUGCAAGGCUUUGAUACCAAAAGAGGGUUGCCAUGGAGCUUUGUCUGUUGAACUGGUAUCUGGUGGCGCCAAUCUACGAAUCCGUUCGAGCCGCCUUCUCCAACGAAAUGAACAAUACGCCAGUGUCAAUCCAUUAAUGAAUUCUUCAAAACCCAGCUCCUCUUCAUGCGCUGCAUUGUCAUGGUUCGAGUCCCGCUGA